GCACAUGUAAGCAAAAAAAUAUCCGCCUCAACAUGCAAAUAGGCACUUUUAUUUUGAUCCUAAAAAGUAGGGCUAGGUGCGUUCCCAUUGUGACCCCUGGAAGCUAGGUCCAUGAGAAAAUAUGCCACAUCACCUGGUAGCAUUAAAUCAUAUACAGCAAUUUAUGACAAGGAGCAAUUUGCCAAAGGGUAACAUUUGCCAAAAGCCAACCAAUUCUGUCGGUGACUUUUUUCCAUAUUUGUAGGACUCGUGUCAUCGGGCUAUACAAGCGCUUUGAGAAUCUAAGAUCUAAAAUCAUUCAAGUUUCUUCUAAGAUAAAAAGCGAUACCCUUAUUUUAUUCAUAAAAUAUUCUAGCUUGUUUCGAUUUCUUCAAUUUCCAAAAAUUGGCAAGAGCUUCCAUUUGAUCUGUUAUUACUAUAUUAUCCUGAACUUUCCCUUCUUAAAAAAGAAACUGGAACAUGAAACACCUCAAGAUAUGUUAAGAGGGCUCAGUGGAUGUCUCAUAAUUAGAUGGAGUUGGGCAACAAGAAGUAAAGGAAAAGAUGAAUAACAGGUACAUUUCCGAGACCAUCUUAGUGAGCACGUGACUACAAUUAUCAAAUCGACCCAGUCUCCUUUCCGGCUCUUCUGUCUAAUCUGACGUCACAUUGAUAUCCACUAGUACCGACCAGUUGCUGAUUAUCCUUCACUUCUUUUCGAGUUAUUUAUCGACCAGAGGUAUUGUUCGUUUCGGAGUUAUCUACGAUUUGGAAUCAUAUCCUUUGCAACAUGAUUAAGUUCAGUAUCGGCGGGUUGUUAAAGACAGCCUUCGCCGGUUUAGUUCUAGCGAGUGUCGCGUCAGUCACGACGCCACCGCCAAUCGUGAAGACGAUUUUUAAAGGCAGAAAGACCCGCCUGUCGGAAGAGAGGAGAAAGAGAAGAGAAGAAAAGUUGGUAGAAUUGGAGAAGAAGUUGAUAGAAGAAGAUCCGGAAAUAGCAAAGUUGAAAGACGAUAAGGAAGAACUACGCCGAAGAGCAUUAAAAGGUAAAACUACGAUUAAUUCUGUCCCCUUUGAGUGAAGCAUUUAUUUGUAACUAAUGUUUUAUAUCUCGUAAAUAUCCAGUCAGCUCUAUCUAUUCAUGUACUCAAAAAAGGGGCAAAAGAAAAAAAGAAAUCUUUAGAAGCUAAACUUUAUUUGCAGAAGGACUUCAAAAUGUGUAAUUCAGCAAUAGGCCAGUUCAAAAAAUUUUCAUUUUUCAAUUCACUGUAUACUUAUGAGAAAAUACAAGCGUGAAAUGAAAAUUUUGCGACCUAUUACAUAGCAAUCCGUACAUAUGUGUGUGGGUUUCGUGAUGUUGCGAAGAACUAAAUCACAAAACAUGCUACAAAUGAGGCACAAGGAAAUUAUUAAUGUUUUGAAAACAAUUUUAUCGACUGAAAUUUAAGAAAUGGUAUUCUGAUAUUUCAGAAAAAAGAAAGCCCCUUGUUAUCAAACCGAAGAGUGUUCUUAUCAAUGAAACGAUGUGUUUACCCCUGUUUAAAGAGCUGCAAGAAACAUCGACUCCAUUUGGCUUUACACUAGACCAAGCUUUGGUAAGAACACCUGGUAGAGUAAAUGGUAACAUCAUCGACUUCAUAGCGGGAGAUGUUCACUGCUACAAAAUGUUCUCCAAAGUGUAUGAGCCAGUGUAUAUUCCAAGGGCUCUAAAGGAAGAAAGACACCCGUUUUGCUUUGACUACACCAAACUGGAAAUGCCUUUUGGCCACGAGCCAGAGAUCGUCAAGUCAAUACAAUUUGCUGUUUCGAGGUCCAUAAAGGAGCAUCGGUUCAUGUCCGUUUCCAAUGUAAGUGAAAAAGUCGACUUGGAAAAAGGUUUGCUGAAGUCCUUCUCGUUUUUACCAGAAAAGUACCAAGGUUCUUAUUUUUCAUUGAAGAAGAGGAUGUUUGGUGGACUCAUGGGACUGUUUGAGUCUAGAAUCUAUGGUGAUAUGAAUCGAUUAUACAAGUUUCUGUGUGGUCUUUUGUGGGUUAAAACGGUAAUUGCUGCAAAAAGUGUUUCAAAAGAUAAACAAAACUCAGCUUCUAUCUGCAACAUUACCCCAGAAGAACUCUCCAAGGUUCCAUGUACCGAUUUAAACAAUGGUGCCGGGAUCAACAGAGACUGGCCAGAUGGGCGUGGCAUUUAUGUCAACGAAGACCAAACGUUAUGUAUUGCAGUCAAUAGAGAUUGUCACCUAAAAAUUUAUCUCAAAUGCGAAACUAAUGACACUCUGGAUUCCUUCAAAAAUCUUUGUGCUGUUUACCGCGGGAUUCAACGCGGGUUACAACGGGAAAAUCUUCACUUUGCAUAUGAUGACAAAUUCGGCUUUGUAAACUGGAAUCCAAACAAGAUUGGGAGCAAUUUGCAACUCUCGGCCAAAGUUGAUCUUCCUUUGUUGCAAAACCACGAAAUGCUUAGGGUAUAUCUUUGUGUGAACGGCUUGCAAGGAAAGUUUCUCAAUGACGAAGUUGAUUCUGUGGAAAUCUUCUAUGAAUCAUCGUACGGAGAAGCAGAAACUGAAAUGGUACGGUCCAUGACUUUCGCAUUGCGCAUGCUCACAAGAUUGGAGAACAGAUUGGAUGCCGGGGUAUUCUCAGAUCUUGAUAUUCCUUCAAGGUUUUUUGUCGAAAGGGCAGCCCCUUAUUUAGAUGACACCAUCAUCACCUGAUGUUUCAAAACUUUAGUAUCAACGGAAAAGGGAAAGGACAAUGGCGGGAGAACGAUUUAUGGCUUUUAAUGAAUAUCAGUUAUUGAGAAAAAAGACUCUUAACUAGUAGGAGGUUCGCAAGAAAAGACAAGACAGAUUCGAAGUGACUCAGGAAUGAUUGAAUUCGUUCGUAGAGACACUAAUGUCAUGGAGGGAAAGGAGAUAUCGCAACUCUCUAAAGGCUUGUUGUUGCUGUUUUAGCAACUCGUUUGCUUUUGGACUGUUGUGGUAGUUCAAUUGAACCUUUUUACUACGUUUAACAUUAUAUCUGAUAUUCAUCAUUGUCCUUGCUUAUUUUGUAUUCAUCAAAUGUUAUUCUUUAUAAUGGAGAAUUGUUUUCUAUUGUUCUACUUAACUUAACACUAACAUAUUAACGCGAUAUAUUAAAGGAACGGGGCUCAUCCCUAAGCGAGCUUUUGAUAAAGAUAUGCAGAGCAACCUUUUCUUUCACCGCAAAAAGUUUGGUUUCCGAGAUCACUUUUACACACAAUCUAUGAGAAGUAGGAUAGCUUUUAGAACUGUAACCCCCGGUGCUUACUUCUUGAAGUUAUAUUUUCUGGUGGGGGACUUUUUGAGAGGGGAAGACACAUGCAACGGUAGGGGUUUAUCUAGAAGCAGCCAAAAAUAUAAUUAGGAUAAAUUUUCUUUCUCUACUUAAGGCUGGUCAGUAUUCUCAAAAUGCACAUAUAUUCGGAUAAAUUUAUAGUUGCCAAGUAAAUACCUCAAUUCAUGGGGGCCUUUUCAAAGUCGGGGAGUAUUUAACAAAAAUAACUUUAGGCGGGGGGUUGUUAGAGGGAGGGGGUGCUUAUCUAAAGAUUGGGGCUUAUUUGAGGACUGACGGUAAAUUUUGGAAGAAGAGAUACGCAGCAAAAUGUAUUUCUGUUAUAAGGCAAAGAUUGAUUACCAAGUAGUGUUUGCCAAGAAUGUAGUGAUUGAAAGAACAUUGAAAGAUAGAAUUUCCUUGUCAUUCGGAUGUUUUAGAGUCUAUUUAAAUCUACAUUAACUACAAAAAAUUUCGUCGUGACAAAAUUUCGGACAAAUAUUUUGACGAAAUUUUCUUCGAUGAAAUUAUAAAUAGGACUUAAUUUGGCCACGACGAAAUUUUUCGCAUUUAAGAUUUUUGAGAAUUUGCAUAAAAACACUCUUAUAUGAGGAUAGGAAUAAAAUUGAUGUGUCCUUUUUAUCUUUUCAAUGUCAACUACGUCCUUUUCCUCAUUGACAAAGUCUCGGUAAUUAUCUUUACUGUCGGCAUCAUGAUCAUGAUCAUCAUUUUCUGACGUUCUAAAGGGUGUAGACUCUAAUUUUCCUAUGAUCAAAGCGUUUUUG